GCGCGUACCCGGCGACGAUCUCCGUGAUCGCUGUGUCCUACGGACACAGCUGAUCACGUGAUGUGGUAAAAGGCCAAUCACAGCGGCCUUUUACCACCUGAUCAGCGGUGUCCAAUGACACGCUGAUCAGAGGGAAAUGCAAGUGCCGGGCACUGAUGAUCAGUGCCCUGAUGAUCGGUGCCCAGCAGUGCCACCCGCAAGUUCCGCCCACCUGUGCCCUGCAGUGCGCCCACUAGCUCCGCCUACCUGUGCCCAGCAGUGCACCCACCUGUGCCCAGCAGUGCACCCACCUGUGCCACUCUGCAAUUUCACACACCUGUGCCCA